AUGAUGAUGGCAAAGAAUGAGCCCUUAGCUAAUCAGCCUCGUUUUCAGGCAGAACCAAUCCUGCCAUUUUUCCAAGAAGAACUGCCUUCUGUUCCCGUUGUUGUAACCUCUUUUGCCCACUUCCCUAGCCAGACCGAAGAUUGGACAAACCAUAUGAAUGUGCCAGUGAACCCGGCACCACGUAUAAAACCCACAAAGCUCUUUUCUGCAAGGAAGCAACGUGAAUUUAUUCCGGACUCCAGAAAGGACGACAGCUACUGGGACAGACGAAGAAGGAAUAACGAGGCAGCUAAAAGAUCACGCCAGAAACGUCGUUUAAAUGACUUGGUGCUUGAAAGCAAAGUAUUGGAAUUGACAAAGGAGAAUGUCAUCCUUAGAGCUGAGCUAGGAGCUAUUAAAGACCAUUAUUGUAUUUCAACAGAACCUCUACCAAAUCAUGAUAAAGUACAGCUUUCUCUUGCUGGUUCCUGCACUGAGGUACUUGGACGAUGCUCUCUGGUUCCUAGUAUUGGUUCUACCAUCGUCACUACCACCUCUUCAUUUGUUAAUAUCCAAGCCGCGCCUAGCUUAACCUCUUGCCUUAAUACCACGUCCAAUCAGUCCAGUCUACAGUCAAUUUCUGUGAUCCACAUAAGACCGAUUCCAAAAAUAGCCAGAAUCAGUGACAGUGAUUACUCCAUUAACAAUGACACCACUCUCGCUUCACUCCAGUCAAACACUAACACAACUAACAGCUGUUCAACUCUAAAACAUAGUUUGCCUCUCCCUCCUCCAGCUUCACGGAGUUCUCCUGUUGACCAAGAGUCUGUGAGUUCUCCUAGUUCAUGGUCAUCAAUAGAUGACAGUUCUCAAACAAGUGCCAGCGGACAUUCCCUUCCUCAUUUCUCUCUACCCCUUAAAUUGAGACAUAAGUCUCACCUCGGAGAGCGGGAAAAACAUCAUAAUUCACCUAGUCCAACAGAUAGUGGCCGGAGCAGUAGGCGUGAUAGCAGCAGCACUCGAGAAGACGUAUCUUCUAUUUCUUCUGAUGGGGACAGCACUGGAAGUAAUGAUAAUCCCACCUCCUCCGGCAGUCUCAGUUCCGUAGAUAUCAAGUUGAAACAUCGGUCUCAGAGACGAUCCACUCACAAGCUGCCACCACAUAAUCGUCAUUUACUACAGGCUGAAAACUCCCAGCUCCGCUCCGAACUCCAAAGAUUAGCCUCGGAAGUAGAAAACUUACUGGACAUUAUGCUUCAAGAAGGCAGUCAGAUGGAGUCUGAUGGUCAGCGUCUUCCUGAAGAACAGUACGCUAUGUCACAUGACGACCGUAACUAGAAAAAAUAUUGAGUUGCUGUUAAUCAGUGAUAAAAGAACAAAAA